UUUCCUUUUUUUCUAUCCAUGGAAGAGAAUCACAAGCCUGCAACUUCUUCGAGUUUUAAGAAAGGAGAUGACAAGGAAGAAAGCUCUGAGGUGGAGAAACCCGAGAAAGAAACCAAGAGCGAACAACCUCAAUCUCAAGACAUCGAUGACAAAGAAAAAGAAGAACGCGCUGGGAUCAAACAUACCCUGCAAAAAUCUUAUGAUGAUAUCGAAACUUUCUUGUCAAAACUCGAAAAUGAUGCAGAAGCUCCAGACAUUCCUGACUUUGUCCACAAGUAUGUAGAUCUUGUAGAAAAGAAAUUAUCUAAGCAUGAGCCGCUUUUUCAUGAUGAUGGAUCCUUCCUUAAAGUUGUGGACCAGAUAUCAAGACUGUAUAAACAUCUAUCGGAUUCCGAUAAGGCUCCGUUAAUCAACCGCAUUGGUCAGAUUCAACAACAAGCCAUGUGUUAUUUGGAGGAUGAAUUCAGGUCUCUCCUUGAGGAACCUGACUUGAAACAGGAGGUUGUUGCAGAUCAACACGGCGAAGAUCAAUCGACUCUUGAUCAAUCAAAAGAGGAAUCCAACUUCUCGGGGUAUUCUUACCAAGUGAUACCCAAGUUGAAUAAAAUCGCCAAGGAGAUGAUCUUUGGCGGAUAUGAAUCUGAAUGUUGUGAGGCUUACAUGGUUACCAGGAGGAACAUAAUUGAUGAGACCUUGAACAAGCUUGGAUAUCAGAAGAUCAGCAUCGACGAGGCUCAAAAGAUGCAAUGGGAAGCAUUGGAAAAAAACAUCCCCCCAUGGAUCAAGGCCUUCAAACAAUGUACAAAAGUCUACUUCUCUAACGAGUGCAGGUUGGUCGAAACAGUCUUCUCCGGUUACCCUUCCUUAUCCACCAACCUCUUCAGCAACAUCGUACGCGGCGUGUUUCUCCAGCUUCUCAAUUUUGUUGAAGCAGUCGCCACCAUCAAGCGUUCAACGGAGAAACUCUUCAAGUUCCUCGACAUAUACGACACGUUGCGCGACAAUCUUUCCUCCCUCGACGGCGUGUUGCCUAAAUGGGCUGAAGAACUCCGGAACGAGAUGACCACGACACGUUGCCGGAUUGGUGAAAUGGCGAUUUUCAUCUUUUGUGACCUUGAGAAUGCAAUUAAAUCCGAUACAGAGAAAACCCCAGUUCCUGGAGGGGCUGUUCAUCCUUUGACUCGCUACACCAUGAAUUACCUCAAGUAUGCAUGUGAUGAGUACAAGGAGACGAUAGAGAAAGUAUUCAAGGACCAUUCCAAGAUCGAAAGAGCUAAUUCAACGAACAAGCCCCGGAGCUACGAAGGGGACUCAGAAAGAAACAAAUACGAUGACGAAAAUCAGUCCCCAUUCGUGGGGCAAGUGUUGAGAAUCUUGGAUUUGUUGGAUUCGGCUCUAGAGGCAAAGUCCAAGCUUUACAAGGACAUAGCCUUGAGUUGCAUCUUCAUGAUGAACAAUGGGCGUUACAUGUUGCAGAAGAUCAAAAGCUCAGCAGAGAUCCAUCAGGCAAUGAAGGACACGUGGUGCCGCAAGACAUCGUCUGAUCUUAGGAACUACCACCAGACUUACAAGAGGGAGACGUGGAUGAAGCUAUUGGGUUGUUUGAACGUGGAGGGAUUGAAUGUGAACGGGAAGGUGGUGAAACCAGUGCUGAAAGAGAGGUUCAAGAGCUUUAACGCCAUGUUCGAUGAUAUCCAUAGGACUCAAAGCUUGUGGGUGGUGAAUGAUAAGCAGCUGCAAUCAGAGCUAAGGGUUUCCAUAUCAGCAAUAGUGAUACCAGCAUACAGAUCAUUCUUGGCAAGGUUCUCUGGCUACUUGGAUCCUGGAAGACAAACAGAGAAGUACAUAAAGUUCCAGCCUGAAGACAUUGAGACUUUCAUUGAUGAUUUGUUUGAUGGAAACUCUGGUUCCAUGUCAAGGAAGAAACCAUAAUUAAGGAACCAUAAAAAAGUUAAAGAAAACCCAACCUCUUUUUGUAUGAAGAAAAAGAAAACUAAGAUGGCGAGGGAUCUUGUAGUUUUUUUUUCUUUUCCUUUUCGUUUUUUUUUUUCAGAUGGCUCAAGCAAGCUGCUUUGAUCGUUUCAAUUAGACUGCUUUGGUUUAGAAGGCAUAAGACCUUCUAAAUUUUAUUCUUGUAAUCUACUUUUGAUUUGUUCUUGCAAUAUUUUCUUUUUUUUU